AUGGCAUUCAAGAACCCUGAGAAUGUUAACCUAACUGAGAAUUGCCUCACAUUAUGCUCUGAGAAAACAGUUUCUACUACAGUGCAUGUUUUAUUGUAUGUUUCUGCAGUAGCUGUGGUUCUGCUUACAGUAAGUGGAAAUCUAUUUGUCAUCAUCUCUGUGUGUCACUUCAAGCAGCUACACACACCAAAUAAUAUCCUCAUCCUCUCUCUGGCUGUGUCAGAUCUUCUUGUGGGAAUAAUUCUGAUGCCAUUACAUUUUAUUGUGAUGAUUGAAUCGUGCUGGAUUUUUGGACUGAUACUCUGUCAUGUAUAUAAUUUUUUCUCUUUCCAUUUACCUUGUGUGUCUAUACACUGUGUUGCUCUAAUUGCUGCAGAUCGUUACUCUGCACUGAAUAAUCCCUUUUUCUAUUCUCAGGAAGUCUCACUGUCUGUUAUAUGUGUUGUAGUUUUGUUUAACUGGAUGUUUUCAGCUUCUUAUAACUUUGCUCUUCUUUAUUUUAAUGGAAACUUCACAGAUUUGACAAUGUGCCCUGGAGAAUGCCUUUUUGCUCAAAGUGAAAUAUGGUCCCUAGUGGAUCUAGUGAUCGUGUUCAUCUUUCCAUGUGCUGUGAUAAUAAUUUUAUACACAGGUGUUUUUUUCAUUGCUAGGAGACACAUUAAUGCCAUUAGGGGACUUGUUAAUCUAAGAACAAAAGGAGAGGUUAAGACUGUAAAACAUUCUGCGGCAUCUGAGAGAAAAGCUGCGAAAGUCCUUGGCAUACUAGUGUUUGUCUUUCUGAUGUGCUUAAUACCAUAUUAUAUUUGUACUUUCAUUGGUGAUACUGUAGACACAAAAUUGUUUUAUGAUCUAAUGAAUUAUGCCUCAAUUGUCCUUUAUCUAAAUUCAUUCAUCAACCCAAUAAUCUAUGCUUUGUUUUACCCGUGUUUUCAAAGAAGUAUAAAAUUAAUAUUAACAUGUAAAAUAUUUCAAGGACACUCCUCUUUCAUAAACGUAAUUGGAUCCUCUGAAACCACUGGUGCCGAGGCAAAAGUUCCAGCUCCUGCUGCUGCAAAGGAUGUGGAUGACUCUGGACCUUCUGUUCUGGCUCCUGCUGGUGCUGAGGCCGUCCCUGGAUGGGAGAGUCGGUCUCCAAAAUCUCCUCAGUGGCACACGGCAACAUCAGUGCAGCAGCGAUGGCUCGUUGUGGAGGAGGUGAGAAGACAGGACGAGGCAGAGCGACAUGCCAAGGUAAUUUCAAUGGCCAAGCAGGGCCAAUGGACUAACUGGAAGAGCCUUGAAAAAAGGAAACUCAGCUGGCAUGACAUCUGGGAGAUGGAGGGAUCACGGCUGAGGUUUGUCAUCAGAGCCACUUAUCACCUCCUACCCAUACCCCAGAACCUGAAGCAGUGGUUGGGAGAAGACCCUGCUUGCUCACCUUUGUCAAGCAUCCGCAUCACUAAGGCACAUUUUAAUGGGAUGCACCACGAGUCUCACCCGAGGCUGUUACAUUUGGCGACAUAA